AAAUUAAAAAAACGCACCGAUCUGCUACGUCAUAUUUACGCGUCCGUGUUAUUGUUAAGGAGCCACCGUUUGAAUUUGCUGUUGUGGUCAUGGUGGUGUUUCCGAGCUCACUGACGGAGGAAGAAGAGGCUCUGCAAAAGAAAUAUGCUAAAUUAAAGAAAAAGAAAAAGGCCCUGCUUGCUUUGAAGAAACAGAGUUCAACCAACCAGACAAACCAGAGUGGCUUAAAACGGACUUUGUCAGACCAGCCUGUCGUUGACACGGCAACAGCCACAGAGCAAGCAAAGAUGCUCAUCAAGACGGGUGCCAUCAGCGCCAUCAAGUCAGAGAACAAGAACUCUGGGUUUAAACGCUCUCGAAUGCUGGAAAUAAAGCUCAAAGACCCUGAGAAAGGCCAAACUCCUGCUUUCUUACCUUUUCAAAGGAGUGUCUCUACAGAUGAAGAACCACUUGAGGCUGGGAAAAGAUCCAGGAGGCCACUGUAUGAGAGCUUUGUCAGCUCAAGAGACAGAUUCCGGGACGAGGAGGAAGGAGGCAGCAUGCCGCCCAGCCGUGAAAUAGAAAGAGACGGAGAACGAGACCGGGAGCGGGAGCGAGAGAGAGAGCGAGAUCGGGAACGGGAACGAGAGCUGGAUAGAGAACGGGACAGAGAAAGAGAAAGGGACCGAGACCGGGAGAGAGAGAGAGACAGAGGUCGGGACAGGGAAAGGGAACGUGACAGAGAAAGAGAAAGGGACAGAAGCAGGGACAGAAGCAGAGACAGGGAUCGAGAACAUGACAGGGAACGAGACAGAGAAAGAGAUGCACCGUUCAGACGGUCAGAUUCAUACCCAGAGCGGAGAGGGGUACGAAAGGGGAAUACGGUGUAUGUUUACGGCUCUGGGCUCGGAGAGGACAGCCUGCGCUCUUCCUUCUCUCAACAUGGAAACAUCAUUGACCUCUCCAUGGACAACCCACGCAAUUGUGCAUUUAUCACUUUUGAGAAGAUGGAGUCUGCAGACCAGGCUGUAACUGAGUUGAAUGGAGCCACAGUGGGAGACGUUCACGUCAAAGUGAGCAUCGCCAGGAAGCAGCCUAUGCUGGACGCUGCCACAGGCAAAUCUGUCUGGGCUUCACUGGCUGUGCAGAACAGCACUAAAGGCUCCUACAGGGACAAGAGGAAUCAAGUGGUGUACAGUGAAGAUUUCCUGUGAUGAAAAAAAAGUAUUUUUUAUUUUUGGAUUAUAGCUUUUGAAUGUUAUUUUGAAUGACAUCAGCCAGUUGAGCUUCUGUGUUGCAGCAUAAAUACAAUAUAAUCUGUUGUCUCUUUGAAUAAAUAAUUUGUCAUGGUUGGUAUGUAAUGCUUUUUGGCUCAUGAAACUAGAGAUGCAGUUUGGAGCACAAUAACAAAUAAAAUGCUUUGUUACCUUGA